GCGAUUGUCUCGCCCCAUGGGGGGCAGGGAAAUGCUGUGAAUUUUUUCUCCCUCCCUCCCACCCCUGUUGUGCAUGCUUCUCCUCCUCCUCGGCAUCGACACGUCAGUGGUGACACGUCAGCAGGCCACAUCAGUAGGCCACGCCAGUUGUGCCACGUUAGCAGUACAUGACAGCGGUGCAGUCUUCUGCGGACUUGGAACAGACCGCAGCUAUGGACCGCAGGGAAUGGGAGUCUGAUGUAGACGAUUUGUUAUGCCGCGAGCCAGGUGAAACCGACGACGCCUACAUAGUCCGCCUGAACUCCAUUACUSAGGAGCUCGAGAGCAGACUGGCCGCAAGUACCGCCGCUCGCAAGAAGAGGGAGGCAGAGGCAGAGGAGGCUCGCCGCUUGGCAGAAGAUGCAGCAGCUGCAGAACACAGGGCUCCGCAGAUUACUUUGCCGGUAUCUGCGGCAGCGAACAAGGUACAGCUAGAACAACAACCUGUUGUGGUGGCCGCAGACUCACGGGCCACCGAUAUUUCAGAACACGCUGCUACCAUGGGAAAGGGUGACACGGUAGCAGCACCCCGGAGAGGUGAUUUUACGCCCAAGUGCAACGACACAGACAAGAAGAAGGCGUCCACCUCAUCAUCAUUUUCCGGGACCAGGCAGCCGACUCAGGAAACUUGGACCUAUCAUGGCAUCGCCGAGGCCACGUACCGGACGUGGAUGAAGUAUAAGUUUACUUGUGGAGCGAUGGCAACAAGACCGCCGCCUGCUCAAACCGUUCGGAAAACGGAGUCCCGCCGGGAGUGUUACAACUGCACUCCCGAUGCCGCCGGACCAGGCUGCCUCGAAAAGAAAGAGCUGCAAGAACAGCUACGGCGACAACAGGACCGUCUUGCAGAAUUGGAACGUCGGGAGGCAGCUGAGCUAGAGGCUGCAACAGAUAAUUCCAGAAGGGACUAUCUGUUGCAGCAGCUAGACAAGGUGCUCUCAGAUGACCGCUGUGCACAAGUGACUACACACCUGGUAGAGACGAUCAUCCUAGAGCACAAGAUCACCAGUUCCUAUUUCACGAACUGGGAUGAUCGUUUUGAUCGUUUGGAGCGUCGGGUUGACGACCUAGCAGCUCGGCAGUCCAAGAUUCUGGAUGCGAUUCAGAACUUGACUGCUCAGCUGUCAUCCACCAAGCUGAUUGCCCCUCAACUCCCUCUGAUAAAACCCAAACCUUCUCCUCCUUCUACCCCUCCUUCAUCUCCCCAUGGUUCAGUGCAUUCUUCCCAAACACCAUCUCAUUCCCAAAAGACCCCAGGCAAAGCCACCUAUGUUGUUGUUACUGCAGGGGAUCAAAGAGGUCCCAAGAUCCCUGCACCCAACAAGUUUAGGGGUGAUGACCCCAAGACCGAUGUUGGGGACUGGGCUGCAGGGACCAAAGCCUACUUGAGGGGCUUUGUCUGUGCAGAACAGACCAAGGUGGCGACUGUUCUGGGACUGCUGGAGGGACCUGCAUUGAAGUGGGCCACCUCUACCUCCAGCAGUCUGCAACAGUCCAUGGAGGACUGGGCUUUUGGGCUUGGGGUGGACAGACUUCUGCAGGCCCUGGAGGACCGAUUCGCAGACAAGGAGCGGGCCCGCAAGGCUGCUGACAGGAUUGCUCGCCUGGGACAGCAGCGGUACAGCGGGACCCUGCAGGCUUUGUUUGCUGAGUUCGAGCAACUUACCUCCACCCCUGGGUUGGUCAUGUCCACAGAUGAUCUGCUGACCAACUUCUGCAGGGCAGCGUCUGAGAAGUUUGUUGUUGCCUUGUACAGCGCUGGGCACAAGGACUGGAGGUCCUUUGGCCGCGCAGCCCUGGACAUGGAGGCAAAGCUUCAUGUCCAGGCCCCAUCCUCUGACAGGAGGAAAGGUGCCUUCCCUAGAGGUGGCAGAAAGGGAAAGGCGGCCUUUACUCAUGCGGGAUCUGCAUUAGGUUCAGAUUCAGAUUCCCAACCUGAUGCACCUUCAGCUGGGACUGGAUCUGCUCCUGAGACAGAUGUUGCAGCAGCCCUGACUCAGACUGUUUUGGGAGUUCUGCAGCAGCAGAGGAAGUUCUCCCCCACCACCGCCUCAGCCAGUACCAAGGGGAAGGAAAAGGGACGUCGGCCUUCCUCUUCCCAGCGCCCUAACCUGCCCAAAGAUGUUCGAAUGCCAGCUGACCCACUCAAUCCCUCCACCCUCCCCUGGCAUGACCUCAAGAUCCAGGGAAGCCACGAGGAUGCGACACGGGCACUCAAUGCCCGUGUACUGGACCUGGAACAGGCUGUACCAGGACCAGAUGCUGGUGCUUCCAGCAGUGCACCCUCUAGCCGCCAAUUGGAGCAACGCGUUGACCAUGUAGUGGCAAUGCUUGGCGACAUCAGCACCUUCGCUGCGUCGACCACCAUCAGCAGUCAGCUGCAUACCUUGCAGACCGAGGUCCAGCAGCUGCAGUCGACGAACACGGAUGGCAAUCCCAAGUUGUACAAGAUGCCAACUUUCCAACUGGAAAAGUUCGACGACUACACGCAGCAGGAUCCGACCCUCUGGUGGGAGGCAUUCACGACGCAACUCAGGAUUCUGCCCAUCGCCAAGCACGCGUACAUCGGCGCCCUGUUCAUGAACUCAAAGGGUGGAUGCCAGACCUGGUUGACCCACCUGGCAACCUCCCACGGUGUCGACGUACCAGAUCUGAAGGACAAGAUCACAUGGGAGGAACUGACACGGCUGUGGAAGAAGCGGUUCAUCGUCGACGACGCGCCAGCACUCGCCAUCGACCGUCUGUUCACCAUGUCACAAGGCAACAUUGCAACACGGGAUUGGCUCACGGAGUGGCAGAAGAUUGCGGCAGUGCCCAAUCUGGACUUGCCAUUCACGCAUUUACGCCAUGAGUUCUACAACAGGUACUGCGCUGCAUUGAGCCAGACACUUGGUGAUCGCGAGCAAUACACCACCUUCGCUGAGAUCAUUGACAAAGCGACGGAGAUCAUCAAGACCAACAGGUCAGCUGCACACGAGAAAUCAACAUGGCAGCCGACCUAUGUGGAGAAGGUACGAACUGGUCCGCAACCGCAGCACUUCGCUGCAGUCCAGCCGGACAGUGGAGAUAACCCAGCAGCCACUCCAGCAUCAGGUGACGGAGAUCAUGUGGCUGCUGUCCAACCGCGAAGCAACAACAAGUCCCGCAACAAUGGGAAGGCGAAACCAGCAUCGCAGGCCGGAAAUGGACAGCUUCCAUGGGUCAAGUUCAGCUUGACCGAGGCGGAGUACAAGUACCGCGACGGGCAAACAGAGCGGGCACAUCAAACCGCUCAAAUGAUGCAUCGUACGCUCAUACGUCCGGACCAGAAAGAUUGGGUUGACCGCCUCCCCGACAUCGAGUUCRCCUACAACACUUCGGUGCACCCGGCGAUCGGUGUGACUCCAUUCGAGUUGCACCACGGUGGACGGAAAGGCCGUAUCUUCGCCGACCUUCUCCUCCCUCGACCAGCCGACAUUGACGCCGCUUGCUCCCCCGCUUCCGUUCGGAACUACAGGGACUUGCUGACUAAAGCCCGCGCGAAUAUGCAAAAGGCUCAAGUCCGCAUGCAACAGCAAGCCAACAGGCGUCGCGUGCCAUGUCCUAUCCGCGCCGGUGAUCUGGUUUGGGUCUCCGCGAAAGAGUUUGCACUGGAACAGGAUGUUUCACGCAAACUACUUCCCAAGUGGUUUGGACCAUGGUCUGUGACAGCAGCCGCGGGCGAUGAGCCCGAUGGCCCUUCAUUUGUGAUCAACAUUCCAGAGCAUCUGACGGUCCAUCCAGUCUUUCAUGCCUCGAAGCUGGCAACUUACACGCCAGCCAAGAGCGACGACUUUCCGGGCCGACGAUCGCAGGACCCUCCUUCUAUGGAUGGUCAUCAGGAAGUUGACCGCGUCAUCACCGAUCGCAAGUACGGCAGCAAGUCGCGGCAGUACAAAGUCACAUUCAAAGCAUGCGAUCGCGAUGACACUCGGUGGAUUUCAGGCGCAGAUUUGAAAGCAUCCGCACCACAGAUCUACGCGCAUUAUGAAAAGCGGAGGUUAGCUCAGGAAGCUUCACGACCAGCCCCUCCCACCCGGACUGUGGUCCCUCCCUCAGACAGAUAGCUUCGCCCUCGCAGGUUUACGGCAGUGGCAGUCUUCUUCAAGUUCAGUGAAGGACAAGGGGCCGUCACCUCGUUUUGGCCACAGAGCAGUUCUUUCAUACUCUAAUAAAAUGUAUGUUUACGG